AUGCCUGGUGGUUACCAUGGCGAAAAAGGUCAGAAUGAAGGUACUGCAAUCCUAAGUGGAAAGUCGGCUUUUCAAGCAUUUAUUAUAACGGAUACCAUCGCCAUGAUCCUCUCUAUUUCUGCUGUCAUUAUUCACUUUGUCAUGUCGAUUAAGUUUUGCCAGAACGCAGGGUCUCUCGACGAGCUUGCAUUUGGGCUUACCAUUUAUUCAAUGGUAGCAAUGAUGCUUGCUUUCAUUACAGGCACUUUUGUUGUUUUGGCACCCUCUUCAGGGCUUGUUCGCACUUCUGUAAAAUUCAAGCUUGAUAUCAAUAAAUACUNGGCGUCCACCAUAUUCGUUGAUCAAAUACUCACCAUAUGCCCAUCACUCUUGUUGCAAGUCAACGCCAAUGGCGAUACUCCCCUUCAUGUUGCAGCUAAAUGCGGGAACUCGGCUAUGGUGGAAGUUCUUUUUCAGCAUUCAAGGGCUCAACCUGGAGCCUCACAGAUUGGCGGAUUGAAUCCUGUGUGGGAGAUGUUGAAGAUUACUAAUAAGGAAGAAAACGCAGCGUUGCAUGAGGCAGUGCAGUAUGGAAGCUUGGAAGUGGUGAAGGUUUUAACGAGAGAAGGUGAUCCUGAGUUUUCUUACUCUGCUAAUAGUUAUGGGGAAACCCCACUUUACCUUGCUGCAGCUAGAGGAUCUCCGGCGAGGGUGGUUGCAAUAUUAGGAAGCUGCAGAGCGGCGGCCCACGGAGGACCCCGUGGAAAGACGGCUUUGCAUGCGGCAGUCAAGAGCAGAGAUUUUGAAACCAUGAAAGAAAUACUCGAGAAGAAGAAGUGUUUGACAAAAGAAACGAACCAAAAAGGGUGGACUCCACUUCAUUAUGCUGCACAUUACGAUCUUCCUUUCAAUGCACAAGUCUUAUUAGAAAUUGAUGAAUCUGCUGCAUUCAUACCUGACAAGGAUCGUAAAAUGACACCUCUUCAUGUGGCGAGCAGUCGAGGGUGUCUAAAGGUAAUAAAAAAAAUUCUUUUUCAUUCUCCACAAUGUUAUGAACUGGUGGAUGCUAGAGGUUGGAAUUUCCUUCACUUUGCUAUGGUGAGUUUACAAGAAACAGAUGUGGAUGUCCUGCUACAAAAUCCACUAGUUAGGAGUCUUAUGCAUCAGAAGGAUGCCAAGGGGAACACUCCUCUCCAUGUUCUUGCAGCUUCAAAACGAAAUAAUUCAUUCGAGCCCAACAGUAUCAACUUGAAGCAUAAAAGCAACCUUCAGGUUAUCAACAGGAAAGAUAUUAGUGCCACACAUAUAUUAAGACAAGGCUUUCCAGAGCUUGAGCAAGAAAUUCAAGAAUUGACCCAAGAGGUUUGCAAUGGACAACGUCCACGAGGUGUUAUACGCAGAAGAAGAAAACCCCUCGGUGAAAGUGUAUUUGAACCGGAGAAAGCAAGAGGUCCGCAAUUGGUAGUGGCUGCGCUCAUAGCAACAGUAACCUUCACGGCAGCUUUCACCAUGCCUGGUGGUUACCAGGGCGAAAAAGGUCAGAAUGAAGGUACCGCAAUCCUAAGUAGAAAGUCGGCUUUUCAAGCAUUUAUUAUAACGGAUACCAUCGCCAUGAUCCUCUCUAUUUCUGCUGUCUUUAUUCACUUUGUCAUGUCGAUUAAGUUUUGCCAGAACGCAGGGUCUCUCGACGAGCUUGCAUUUGGGCUUACCAUUUAUUCAAUGGUAGCAAUGAUGCUUGCUUUCAUUAAAGGCACUUUUGUUGUUUUGGCACCCUCUUCAGGGCUUGGUAUUGCCAUUUGUUGUAUUUGCUUAAGCUUCUCAUUCUAUAUGAGUUACACAAUAGUGCAAUUAACCAACGACGAGGCGAACAAACAAGGAGCACUCCCGAGUGACUUCAAAAGAUGGCUCAGCAAAUUAAAACGCACAAUAAUUGAACAAACAAGAUGUAGAUGUUCGCAGUUCGCACUUCUGUAA